UGAGUGGGACAAUAAGGGGUGGGACAAACUAUACACGUUGUUUAAAAAAAAAAGAGUAAUCUUGCCUUUUGAUCAUGUUCAAAGAAGUCAACAAAAGUCCUGGCUUCAUACGACAGAGGUUGUUGGAGAACCCCUCCGGGUAGAAGGAGUCUAGCAUCGGUACUUUGUUUAUCAUUGUAGAUGUGGACUGAGAUGAGAUCGUCUAUUUCGGUAGCUGCUCCUGCGAAUAUUUGUCAACAUUUCAACGAUUUUUACAACCCCAGCUUUUAGUGGACAACGUUUGAGGAUGUGGCUUCGUUUCACUUCAGCCUUUCUUGAAGGAAAAAGUAAAGGAAUGGAGACGUUGGCGUUUUAAAGAGGCGGCGGAGAGACACUUGAAGUUGACAUGGGAGACGUGCGGAGUUCACACGCAUCACGUUAAAAGGAGAGCUGUUAACAGAUAUGGGCGGCUCUGCUCGCUUCAUGACGAUGUUGGUCGGACUCUUGCUGUUGGUGUCUGCUCGCCCUGCGGAGUCCGAGGAUGACGGGAAGCAUCUCUGUACAUGCGAGAACGACAAAGGCACGUGUGUGAACGCCACGUGCAGAGGGGACAUCUGCUUUUACAUGUGGGUGCAAGGCCACGAGGAGAAAGGUUGCUUUUCCAACCAUAACUACAGGGAGCAGUGCUUCACCUCCUUCGAACGCUUCCACGUCUUCUGCUGCAGGGAGAACCUAUGCAACGCCUUUGCGACGCCACCUCCGAACAUCAAUGGAGAAACAACGACAGCCCCCCCACAGCGGCUCCCCCCAGACCUGUGGAUCACUGUGGCUCUGCUGAUCUUAUUCACGCUCUCCAGUUUAUGUGGAAUGCUGUUGUUCCUACGCUUCCGGCGUACACACGCAUGCCUCAAAAACGUUGACGACCACAACGUUAGCAUGCACAAGGUUCCCAACGGCGACGAGCCCACGUAUGGCGGGAUAUUUGAUGAGUUCUGCACCUCAGGGAGCGGAACCGGGCUGCCCUAUCUGGUCCAAAGGACUAUGGCCAGGCAGAUCUCACUUGUGGAAUGUGUUGGUAAAGGCAGGUACGGAGAAGUGUGGAGAGGAACUUGGAUGGGUGAGAGCGUAGCCGUCAAGAUCUUUUCUUCAAGAGAUGAGCAGUCCUGGUUCAGAGAGACUGAGAUCUACAAUACUGUGCAGCUUCGGCAUGACAACAUCUUGGGCUUCAUAGCCUCUGAUAUGACAUCCAAGAAUUCCAGCACCCAGCUGUGGCUCGUCACGCACUUUCACGAGCUGGGUUCGCUCUACGACUUCCUGCAGUACAGCAGCUUGGAGCCCGAGAGCUGCCUGAAGAUGUGCCUGUCUAUGGCGUGCGGCUUGGUUCACCUCCACACUGAGAUCGUCAGCUCCCAGGGCAAACCCGCCAUCGCUCACCGAGAUUUGAAGAGCAGGAACAUCCUGGUGAAGAGGAACGGGCAGUGCUGCAUCGCUGACCUCGGUCUGGCCGUGAUCCACUCCCAGUCCAAUGACUAUCUGGACGUGGGCCACAACCCUCGCGUUGGCACCAAGCGCUACAUGGCACCCGAGGUCCUGGAGGAGAGCAUACGUAUGGACGUCUUUGAGUCCUACAAGCAAACUGAUAUCUGGGCCCUGGGCUUGGUCUUCUGGGAAAUUUCACGCAGAACGAUCAUCAAUGGGAUUGUGGAAGAGUAUCGUCCUCCCUUCUUUGACCUGGUGCCCUCAGAUCCCAGCUAUGAGGAGAUGAAGAAAGUAGUCUGCGUGGAUCAGCAGAGGCCCAGCUUGCACAACCGGCUCCACUCCCACCCAAUCAUGUCAUCCAUAGUGAAGAUCAUGAAGGAGUGUUGGUUCCAGAACCCCCCCGCCCGCCUCACGGCACUGCGGGUGAAGAAGACCCUCUCCAAACAUGACCAGGACAGUGACUUCAGCAUCAACAAACUUAAGCAGGACAUCUAGAUCGCCACGCCGGCGACUCCAAGCGUAUUGUUAAAAUAUGUGCUACAUUCCCGCCAGCACGGUGAUGAAUAUCAUUAGCAUAUUUUUAUGAUGCCUUUUCUUAAAACAUUAUCAUUUGUGUCUAGACUGUUUUGUACCCAAGGCUAUUUUACUUUCCCGUGACUAAAAUCCCCCAAAACGCUGAGCAGAGACACAAUGAGGAAGACUUUCACUAUGAAUAAUAAUUAUAAGGCUCAACAUAACACAAUGCCUGUUCUCUAAGCACCUAAGUACCUUUUGUGAAAUUACUUUAGCCGCACGCACACAUUGAAUUAUUUAGUUGUGUAUAUGUAAAACACAUUAUUUUUGUAGUUAAUAAGGGCUAUGCAAUAUCACAUAUUAAAUAUGUCAUAUUGUAUGUAACUGUAUUUUUUAAAAAUUGAUGUAUUUUUCAAGUGUUUGGCAUUUGAACACUUUGAUUUGUACCCGAUGCAAUCCUCCUGUUGACCACUAGAGGCCACUAAAUGUUAAGGAUAAAGGAUUGUGAUGAUCACGCUGGUAGGAGCAGUAUUACACAAACCCCUUAAGGAGGAGGCUAAUUAAUGACUUUAUCAAUACAAUCCUGAGCUAACAGGAUUGUAUUGAUAAAGUCAUAACUAUAAAGUCCAACAAUUAAAUUAAAAAGUCAAUGUUUGAAUUAUGCAGGGGGGAAAAAAAGAACUAAAAUGACAUAUUAUUUAAAACUCAAUUCCAAUUGUAAUUAAAAAGACAUGAUAAAAUACAUUUGGAUGUUGUCUUUUUCUUUAUAAUUAUGUGUUCAUUACUGGUGACGCAAUGGCUUUGUGGUUACCAUGUUGACCUCCAAUCUCUGUUGAAGUAUCUCUCCUUGGAGUUUCUAUGUCCUCCUGGUUUAUUCCAGGUACUCCAGCUUCCUGCAUGCUAGGCUAAUUGGAGAAUCUUAAAUGUCCAUAAGUGUGAAUAAAAUCCAUUUUAUUUGUAUAGCUCUUAAAAGCUACCCAAGACACCUGAUAAUGACAUUAAAUAAGGAGAAAUAAACACAAUAGGUUAAAAUAAAAGAAAAUAAAAGAAAAAUAAUGCAUUUUCAUAUGUGUCUUGUGAUCGCCAAAUGUCAGCUGGGAUA